AUGACGCCCUGUUUGCCGAUUCCCAUUGACAGUUCCCAGAGGAUAUCAGAUUUGAUUCAGUUCGUAUUCACUGGUUUUGCAGAACUUUCGAAAGAGUCAGUUUUGAACAUGUCUGCGCUCUUUCACGCUUUUCACCUGUGCCAGUUGUGGACCGUCUAUUGUGAAGAAGCGUUCAUUAACAGUUCCAAUGAAACCGUGAAGCAUGAAGCAGUGGCGAAUGUCAUGGAUUUCUGGUCUCGAAUCACGCCGGCCAUCUUACAAUUGCUUUCGCACUCAAAAAUGCUGGCAGACAUGGUUAAUUUGCACUUUCUGAACACCGUCGAGGGACUGCUGGAGUGCGAUUCCAUUGUUCUGGCCAAAUUGUUUCCCAUGUGGCACCCAAUACUCGUGUCUUAUCACUCCAGCAUUCCUAGUCAUCUGCUGAUUCGACUUGACUUCUGCGAAAACUACUUGCCGACUGACUCGAAACGGCGGUUAGUACCCUGGCUGAAGCAUAUCGGUUUCAAAAUCAGUCAAGUUGAAUUUCAGUCCUCGGCUGCCACCCAGUUUUAUUCCGUGUAA